AUGUCAGGGAACAUCCCCCUCUGGUCAAAUAACAAACGUGGACAAAGAAACCAAUACGAGCUCCACAUCGAGCUGGAGGACUGGUCGGGCAACAAGAGGUUUGCAAGGUAUCGAGGCUUCCGCGUCGGCUCGGAGCGCGAUGCCUACCGUCUGUACCACGCGAACGUCUACUUUGGUAAUGCAGGUGACUCCCUCUACUCGAACAAUGGACUCCCAUUCUCCACCUUCGAUGUAGAUAAUGACAAUCGGGAUGGAGAUUUUGUGGGAAAGCAGCUGUUCAAAGGUUAUAUAAGGUACUGUAAUUUUAUGGGUUUUACGGACACCUGUCUCGGAAGCUCAGUGUCAAGUGUAGAGAAUGGAGGUGCUUGGUGGUACGGUAACUGCCACGAUGCGAACCUGAAUGGCUGGUACCUGGGGGGGCCUCACAGAUCCUUCGCCGACGGUUUUCAAUUGGUACACGUGGACGGGUACAAUUACUCUCUCAAACGCACUGUUAUGAAGUUCAGGAAGAUACCAGACCCUAGAUGUCCCAGAGAUGAUGUCAUCUCGUAA